AUAUGUUUUAAAACAAUCAUGUUUCUGCCUAAAACUAUUCUGGUUCUGUUUAUCAUUGUCCUGGUUCUUUGUUACACAAAGUUGAUUCUUUUUAAAACUGUCUUAGUCUUGUUCAACACGGUCCUGAUAAUAUUUAAUACUUUUAUGUUUUUGUUUGAUACCGUCCUAUUACUCUCUAUCACUGUCCUGGUUCUGCUAACAUUGUCCAGCGUCUGUACAACACAAUUCUGUUUCUGUGUAUUACUGUCAUGGUUCUGUUUAACACUGUUCUGAUUCUGUUUUACACUGGCAUAGUCUUGUUUAACACUUUUCUGUUUCUGUUAAAUAUUAAUCUGGUACUUUUAAACGCCAUCGUACUUCCGUUUUACAAUGUUUUGUUUCUGUUUAACACAGUCCUUGUGUUCUUAUUAGACCUUUCCGUCUAA